AUGGCGGAGUGCCCCUCGCGCAUCCAAGAAAACACGGAGAGACACCGGCCACAGCGUGCUCAAGACAGCGGCGACCGCUAUCGAUCACAACGUGCAAACGUCGCUCAAGAAGAAGACUCGGGCGACUACCUCUUUUCGAUCGGUGAAACGACAUCUGCGAAAUCGAGCGACAUCUGGCUGGUCGACUCCGGGGCGACGCAGCACAUGACGUGCUCCAAGAAGUUCAUGCGGAACUACAAGGGGUUUGACGCUGUGGAUGUCCAUCUCGCGGAUGAUGGAAUCGUCCAAGCAAUCGGCAGUGGGGACAUUGUCAUGUCGAUGAAGACACCCCAAGGGAUGAAGAAAGGAUGGGUGCUAUGGAAAGCGAAAGGGACCAAGUGGAAAAUUGGUGCCCGUGAAGGUAAAGGACUGUUCAAGCUGCAAAUGACUCCAGUGGCGCCGGAACAAGCAAAUGCAGCCAAGUCGUCGGGAUGUCAAGGGGGCACCAAGUCGUACCUCUGGCACCUUCGGCUUGGCCACAUAGGUCACGAUGGACUCAAUUGCAUUGUGACGAAGAACAUUGGAAUUGGCAUCGACAUAUCUUCGGUGAAGAAGUGGGACGUGUGUGAAGGUUGUGCUCUGGGAAAACAGACUCGAGUGCGCUUCCAAUCAAACACUACAGCUCGCACCUCCAAACUCCUCGAAGUGAUUCACAGCGACGUAUGCGGACCGAUGUCGAUGGCAACUUUCAGUGGAAAACGGUACUUCGUGACAUUCAUUGAUGACAAGUCAAGAUACUGUGUCGUCUAUCUGCUCAAGAGCAAAUCUGAAGUUGCGGCGAAGUUCAUGGAAUACGCUGCGAUGGCCGAAACGCAAACCGGAAAGCGCGUGAAGUACCUUCAAAGCGACAAUGGGGGUGAAUACAAGUCCGACAAGCUGGCACGAUUCUGCGCGGAACGGGGAAUACAACAAAGGUUCACACCCCCAUAUACUCCUCAGCUAAACGGAGUAGCUGAGAGAAUGAAUCGCACGCUGGUCGAGUGUGCGCGUUGCAUGAUGGAACACGCUGGACUGGGAAAGAGCUACUGGGGUGAAGCAGUGAUGACGGCGAUGUUUCUUCGAAACCGCUGUCCAACACGUGCCAUUCACCAAGACAAGUCUCCAUAUCAAGUGUGGACGAUGAAGAAACCGAUUCUGGCCAACCUUAAAGUGUUUGGAUGCCACGCGUAUGUUCAAGUGCCUCAAGACAAACGCGCGAAGUUCGACUCCAAGUCAUCACUCUGUCGUUUCCUGGGAUACGCCGAACACCAGAAGUCAUAUCGAUUUGAGGAAGUGUCAACAGGAGCGAUCAAGAUCAGUCGCGAUGCCACAUUCAUGGAAGACAAGUUUGAUGAAGGUCCGCGCAACUACAACGAUGAGUCAAGUGUCGUUGAGUUUGAUGAUCAUGAUGAGGACGAAGAAAAAGAAGAAGGUAAAACUGACGACGACAUGGACUCGAGCGACGAUGACAACGAAGACACCAGGUCUUCGAAGAGCAACAUCAAGAGACACACGCGCACUCAAUCACUUGAGAAAGCUACCGUCAUUCCAAGUUCCAAGCGAAGAACAUACAGAGGUCCGUCGCUUGAGCAUGUUGGGGAAACGCCGACUACAUUCAAGUCGGCGAUGGAAUCAAGCGACUCCGGCAAGUGGAAAGAAGCGUGUGACUCGGAGUUCGAUUCGCUUCAGAGAAACGACACGUGGGAAAUCGUGCCUCUUCCGAAAGGUCGCAAGGCCAUCGGGUGCCGAUGGGUUUUUCGUGUAAAGGAGAAUCAAGAUGGCGAAGUUGAACGUUUCAAGGCAAGACUUGUGGCCAAAGGAUUCUCACAGAAAUUCGGAGUUGACUAUGAAGAAACUUUCGCACCGGUGGCCAAGUUCACAUCGAUUCGUGUGGUGCUCAGUAUGGCGGCCAAGUACGGCCUAAUGCUACAUCAGAUGGACGUCAAGACAGCGUUUCUUAACGGCUCCCUCAACGAAGACAUCUACAUGGACCAGCCGGACGGAUACCUGGAUGCAACACAGCCGGACUAUGUGUGCAAGCUAAAGAGAUCACUCUACGGCUUGAAGCAAUCGCCUCGCAUGUGGAACCAAACAAUCGAUGGGUUCAUGAUCAAGAUGGGAUUCAAGAAGUGCGAAUCGGACCACUGCAUCUACAUCAAGCGAGACGACCAAGACAUGAUUCUCGUCGUGCUCUACGUCGAUGAUCUCAUCCUGGCCAGCAGCAACAACGAACUCCUCAAGUCAACCAAGAUGGUGCUGAGCAAACGCUUCGAAAUGACGGAUCUCGGUGAGCUCGAUUACUUUCUCGGCAUGGAGAUCAAGAACGACCGUAAGACGGGAAUGGUGACUGUACAACAAACCAAGUUUCUCAAGUCCGUGUUAACCAAGUUCGGAAUGGAUAACAGCAAGCCAGUGAAGACGCCUCAAGAUCCCGGCCUGAAGCUAACCAAGAACAUGUGUGAACAAGAAUGCAAGCACGAAGACACCAUGUGCAACGUGCCAUAUCGAAGUGCUGUCGGAGGCAUCAUGUAUCUCAUGGUCGCCACACGUCCGGAUCUAGCUGCUGCAGUGGGAUCAUUAUCCCAGUUCUCGUCCGACCCAUGCCCGACUCACUGGCAAGCUUUGAAGCGUGUGCUGAGAUACCUGCAAGCAACGCCCAAUCAUGGUCUUGAGUUUACACGUGAAGAAGGAAGCCGUAUCUGCGGGUACACCGACGCAGACUGGGCCGGCGACAUUGAGUCAAGACGAAGUACAAGCGGCUAUGUGUUCAUGAUGAGCGGAGGAUGCAUCAGCUGGAAAAGCCAGAAACAACGGACGGUCGCGCUAUCUUCAACAGAAGCAGAAUACAUGGCGCUUUCCGAAGCAACCAAAGAAGCAGUAUGGCUCAAGGUGCUUUUGGGGGAACUUGGUGAGAUGACAAGCGACGAAGCGAUCAAGAUGUAUGAAGACAACCAAUGA